GCUUCAGUAUAGCUUCAGUAGCUGCGCCAGGUGGCAGUGUUUCUCAGCGGGUCUUGUGGUGCUUAUACGCGCCAGUACGGCUAGUCGAGUCGGUAGCAGUCAUUCAACGCUUUUUGCCUCGCGCAAUCCCCGUCGCUGCGCUCUGUGUGCGUCGUAAGUGAUGUGAUAAUACGUACAACAAGAAACCGAAUUUUGAUCCAACAGAUAAGUAAAAAAUUGGGAAACUGGAAAGCAAGCAACCAAACAGAAGUGAAUGAAGAAGUGAAGUGAUACUAAAUGGAAAAGAAAUUGUAUCAAGAGGAGGAAGAGCAAAACAUAUCUCAACUCAAACAACAAACUGUGAAAAGGAAACGAGUAAAGCCGCUGCUGCUACCGCCGCGUCCGGAGCGAGUGAUAAACCGAGAAAAGCACGCGGAUUGAACAAAAUUAAAUUUUAAUAGGAAACAUUCAACAAUAAACCCAACGGUAAUCGCUCGCGGCCCAACUCGCGGUGAGCGUUGCGUACUAUAUCGAAUCGGGCGGCGCGAGUUUCGGAUGGUACUUAGUGUGGAAGACGGCGACGCCCGGUGAAAACCCCGGCGCGAGGGUUCAGCCAAUGACCGAUCUCAAUUGAACUGAACUCGAAACGUAAAAUGUAAUAAACUAACAAGUUAACAAUCAUCCCUCUGAAAGCUGAAGAAAGGGGAGCUAAAAGUUGUAAUCAUCCCUCGGAAAGUAGGAAAGUGAGUAAAACCGUGAGUGUGUCUGAGUCUGUUUCGAAACAAGGUUAACACUGGCACUGACUGACUGGGACUGCUGACUGGCGAGGAACAACGAGCUCCAAUUUGAACCGCGGACCAGAGACCCCGGCGCGGAGCUUCUCUUUCGGGGAUGUGUUAAUCGGUGCCUACACGUUUAAAUGGUUUAGUUUUUUUUUGGCGGCGAAUAGGGAAAAUCGCAUAAACUACACUGAAGUGGUGCAGAAAAGCUGUAAUUUUACGGGUGAAGAAGAGGGAGACGACGGCGGAUGGUCAAAAUUUAAGCCAAUGACAACGACAGCAUGUGACCCAGCAGCGGCGGCCCAAAGAUGAUGCACCAGACCCGUCGACAACAGCAACCUGGCGCCGGUCAGCAGCCUCCACCUCCACCGACCCCGGCUGCGACCGGCCCGGGUCCGGGGCCUGGACCUGGAGGAACAGAAAAUGCGCCGAGGAGAGGAAUUCCGAUUUUCCGGAAUAAUCGCAACGCUAGUAGUGGCCGGAUGGGUGGUUUGACGGUGGGACCGAAGAUGGAUACCGGACGGAAGGUUCUUCAACAGGGGGAGAAGGGGGAGGGGGAUCUGGAACAUCUUGACGAUGAUAUGUUCUCGAAGGUCCCCAAGAUGGAACUGCUGAAGGUUAAUUAUGUGAAUUUGAAGAACGAUGGCGUUGCGGGGAGUGAGAAAAAGAAGGGAGCUGACGAUAAGAAGGUUGCAAAAGGAACGGUGGCGGCGAGUGCACCGACUAAGGGUAACGUGGCAAAUGCAAUAAAGAAACAGUUGACAACCAGCAGUGUGAACCUUACGAGUAGUGCGGGUAAUGGGUCGGCACCUAACCUGAAGGAAGCGAAAUCGAAGUAUUUGGUGUACAAGAAACAUAACGGGUUCGGGUCGAAUAAUUCGAUUGCCGAAAUAGGGGCGAAGUUGCAAUACAUAAAUGAUACCGAUGUGAAGUCCAAGAACGGGAAAAAGAAGUACGCUCUGUUUGACAGUAAGAAGAAGAACAAGUUGGAAACAGUUCAGUAUUAUUUCGACAGCAGAAGUUACGAGCGUUACGUAGAUAACAAACUGUACGGAGUGGUCAACAAAGAUGGUCAGAAAGGACCACCUCCUGGUAUGAGAGAGAUGAGUCCACCACCUCCAAAACCUGACCACAAACAGGACCCAGUAGACUCCAAUAAACGCCUGAGUUGGGAUCUGCGCACCAACCGACCCAGUAUGCUCCGAGUGAUAAAUCAAUCAGGCAAGAAACCACCGGAAACAAAUUUGCAAUCGUCACCAUCGGUAAAAAGUACCACCUUCAAACAACAACCGCAGCAGCUCCAUGAAGCCCAUAACCGUUUCAAACUACAAAAGAGCCAUACCAGUACGAAUCUGAUUACACGCCAUAGAUCAAUGAACGACAUCCAUCGGAUAAAUCAGUUGUUCCUGGAAUCGAAAGGAAUCGGUGACGGUGGCAGUGGCGCCGGUCUUCAUCCACCUCCUUCGCUUCCUUCGCUGCCUCCACUUCUAUCGCGACAGCACAGCAGCAGUGUGAUCGCUUUGAAUCGAAAAACUGUGGUUAAAAAUCAAACUCCUACGGUGAUAGGAGCUACCACCGGCGUCGUACGCGAGAACGUCCACAGGUUCGAAAAGAACAAAGCCAAGAACGAUGAAAUGUCGGCGAAGCAGCAGAAAUACUUGGUCCACAAACGCCUUAGUGCUCGAUACAAAGCGGAAGAAAGUGCCCUCUCUCUGGCAGCAGCGUCAACACCACCGACGCCUUCACCGAUAGCGGCCAUUGGAUCGGACGACACGAUCAGCAAACGAAUUCGUCGGAUCAUCGACGGUCACAACGGCACGGGAUCAACGGAGACGAUCAACUUCUGCCCCGGAUCAACGAUAAGCUCGAUGCAGCACAAACCGGAACCGAAGCGGGAUCUUUGCCGCAUGCGGUCCAAAUCAUUGGAGCGGACACUCAGCGAUGAUGACGACAUGAGUACCCUGAGUGCCAAGAGCAGUAAGACUACUUGUGGAUACAAGAAUUGUAAGUUUUCUAACUGUCCGAUGUCCUCGUCGUCUUCGUCCUCGUCCGCUUCUACGGUGUCCAGUUCAUCGUGUGGAUCUAAGAAGUCGGGAUCCUCCGAGAGCCAUAAGAGCUGUGGAAGCAGUGCCAGCAAGUGCAAGGAGAAAGAACCGGAGAUUCUGUGCGGUAAACGUACGUCGAUCGUGAUCAACGAUAGCGACAGCGAAAUUCUGUUCAACAACGCGCUGAACGACAAGCUGAACAACAGUUGCGAGAACGUACGAGUGAUUUCAUCGAAGAUCAAGGAGAUCGAUUUGGAAACCAAUCGAAUGAUAAUCGAAAAGUGUAUCGAGCCCAUAGCGGACAUCACGGAAACUGUGUUGGCGAGGCAGAAGUUCUGGAAUCAACAGAAUCAACGGAACAUCAAGCUGAACAACAACCCGCAGAAUAAAUCGUACGAUGAUAAGGUUAACAUAAACAACAAAAUCAAGAACGAGGAAAACAACAGCAUCAAGAUAUUCAUUUCGAGCCAAGGAUCGGACAAAAGUACAACCAGCAUAAGUGAGCCGGUGUCAUUGAUUUCAACGUCGGCCAGUGGAAGUAGUGGAGGGGGCAGUUCGGCCGCAUCCACGGUGAGUUCCAACGGUGGAGACUCGGACAAGGACGACGGCUACUAUGAUCAGAGUGAGAGGUCGCUGAGUCCCGCUGACAACAAUAAACAACCGUUGUCGAUUGUGUCCACCGUCAGUACUGGGAGCACGGUUUGUAGUGACGGAACGAACAUGUCGAGUGUAACGUGUAGUAACGGAAACUCCAGCGGGAACCACCGGUACACGUCGAAAACCAGCAUACGGCUUGGGUGUGAUGGGGCUUUGUUUUGGAACAACAACUAUUUCGAAGACCUGGACAACUGUCAAUCGAUUGGCUGCGGCGAAGGUGACCCGGGAGGCGGCGGUGGAGGAUGUUGCAAUAGAGCAGGAAACUGUUGCUGCUGCUGUCGGCGGAGAAGUAUUGCUCUGGGCAGCAACAGCUGCAUCAUUAGUUCGAUCGACAUCGGUGGCUGCAACGGUUCUGUUGUCAGUGGCAACGGAUGCGCUAGUCAUGGCAGUGGAAACGGAGUAGGCGUCGGGUCGAGUUGUAAUGGUGGUGGUAACUGCAACGGAGGAGUAGGCGGCGGAGUGAUGCUGAGAAAAGCGCAACUCUGCCAAUGCGGAAUGGCGAACCACAACAGUAAGAUCGAAAGCUUCUCGUCGCGGCCCCGCUCCAUCGACGGACCCCCGGACUCGGGGAUAUCCAUCAGCAGCGAUACCAUCAUCGCCAGCUCGGACAGUGAUCUCAAUCUGCAGAGUCAAACGGAUUCGGACGAGCGGAAGCUAAAACGAGGUCACGUGCUAGCCGAGCUGCUCGAGACGGAACGGAUCUACGUGGCGGAAAUGGGAUCGAUUUUGAAGGGCUACCGAGACGAGAUGCUGUCGGAGGAGAUGAGUUCACUGGUGCCACCGGGGCUGCAGGGCAAGGCGGACAUCCUGUUCGGGAAUCUGCACGAGCUGUACACCUUCCACAAUGACAUUUUCCUAAAGGAUCUGGAGAAUUGCAUAUCCACCACCGAACUAGUCGCGUUGUGCUUCGUGCAGAGGCGGGACACAUUCUUCCGGUUGUACUCGUAUUACUGCCAGAACAUUCCGCGCUCCGAACGGCUACGGGAAACGCUAGUGGACACACAUCUGUUCCUGCAGGAGUGCCAGAAGAAGCUCGGCCACAAGCUACCCCUCGCCGCCUAUUUGCUCAAACCAGUACAAAGGAUCACCAAGUAUCAACUUCUCUUAAAGGAUCUGUUAAAAUUCAGCGACACCGGAACGUGUUCCCGGGAGCUGCAGAAGGCGUUGGACUGCAUGCUGGUGGUGCUCAAGUGCGUCAACGAUUCGAUGCAUCAGAUUGCAAUAACUGGUUUCCCCGCCGACCUGUCGCAGCAAGGUGAACUACUGCUGCAGGACUCGUUCCAAGUGUGGACCGAAAGCAAGAAAGAUCUCCGGUUGCGGCUCAAAACCCAACAUCGGCACAUUUUCCUCUACCAGAAGGCGAUGCUGUUCUGCAAACAGGGUUCGAAAACCGGCCACAACAAGAGUACCUACCAGUUCAAACACUGGCUACAGAUGUCCCAAAUCGGUCUAACGGAAUCGGUGCGAGGCGACCCACGGAGGUUCGAGGUGUGGCUUCAAGGCCGACAGGAAGUGCACACGAUACAGGCCAACACGGUGGAAAUCAAGAACAAGUGGGUGGCGGAGAUCAAACGGGUGCUGCUGAACCAACUGGAGGAACUCAAGGGGGAGAAAAUCAAGCAGUACGGACUGAAUCAUAAACCCCUUCGCCACACGGCCUCGUGGGACCUUCCGCCAUCGAUACAUGGGACGCCCAACCGGACGCUCAGCUGUGAUCAACAGCAGCCUCCACCGACCAAUGGCGGCGCCGGAAUCGGUAACAUUCAGCACCACCCAGGAGUAAUGGGCCAACAGCAGGAUGUCAUCACCCGGAUAUCGCACCUGAACGAGGAAAACAUCAUGAUGAGUGCGACAGGCAUUUCCUCCUCUUCGUCUGAACACGACAACCAGGAAACGAAUGCCUGGAGCUCGGACUACUCGAACAGUGAGGAUGAGUUCACGCAUGGGGAAGAUGGCGUUCUGCCGGGUCAUAAGUUCGUAUCGCUAGCGGACUAUUGUGCAAUGGGAAACUCGGAGGUUUCCAUGAAGGAAGGAGAUAUCGUGGAACUGCUCAAAAUCGGAUGUGCCGGGUGGUGGUUUGUGAAAGUUAUAGGGAAUAGUCUCGAAGGAUGGGCACCCGCAGCGUACCUGGAACCCAUCAACCGAAAGUCGUCCAGACUUCGUGGUGCUCGUAGCCAAGACAAACUGAACGAACAUUAGAGAUAGAUGAGUUCAGGGAUUGUACAUUUUGCUCUUAAGUCAGAAUUGUUGUUGAAUCAUACUGCAUGUGUAUUUAUUAGAAGAUCACUUUCACCGCCACUAUCAUCAAGUUUACAUUCACCGGAUCAUCAUAUCAAGCAAACAGUUUAUAAACCAAAACUAGAGACUCUCUGUUGUACUAGCCAAAAUAUACACCGAUAACAAACCUACAUAGAAUUCUUAGAAGCGAAAGUUGGUGGAUAACAGAAAAACUCAUUGCCGUGUGUUAGAUUUAAUUGUGAGAUUAGCAAUAAAUUUAAAAACGCUGGCGUGUAGAGUAGAGUUCAGGAAAAGUCCGAAUACUGACAAAAAGUAGUUCCCAAGUGUAAAAGUACGGUAGUCUUUCUUAGAUAUUUUCCUAGACUCUAGGGUGUUCCCAAGAGAUUGAUGUUUCUACUGGUCCCCUUUGCUUAACGCUUCACCAUAAUCCAGCAUUUGUCCGUGAAAAAUCAAAUAAAAACACGCUUGCAUAUCGAUUCCCAAGUUCGCCCUUAUCAAGCAUCGUUAAUGUUGAAACGUAGAGUAGACCAAAGCAUUAGAACAAGAAAAAAUAAAACUGACUGUAAACGCCGAAGCAAUCCAAGUUGAAGGAUGAAGUAAACACGCUGACAAAUUUCUACUCGCAGCCAUGAUCUAGUCUUAUUUUUGUUAACAUCAAAAAAAAUCUCAGUUCUUUUACUGUUUCAUCAUUGAAAGACUAAAGGAACAAAGUGUUUUUCUCAAUUUCAAAGUACGACCAGUUCAGGCUUUGAGUAGAAACUCAUUAACGCAAACAACAAGGCACAAUAAUCAGAAUCAUCAACUGAUCAGUGACGAAACCAUCUGAAAUGACACAAUCUUUCCUUUUCCUGAACAUUCGACCAUUCUGUUGGAGGCGAAAUUCAGGACUCAUAGUUUUUAACUUAUUUAUUUAUUCGUUAGACUGUGUAUCAUCUCGAAUCGUGAUGAAUGUAGUUCAGUAGUUCAUUUUACGUUUUUCAUUCAUCACUUAAAGAGAAUACCUACCAUAUUUGUUGAUUUAUUUGUUUGUAGUUCAUCAGUUGUACCUUAUUUACCUCUUUCCUUUUUCUUCGCAAUGCGGCGCACAGAUUACGCCCAGCAAAAAAAAAAUGCGAAGCGAAAAGGAAACUGUGGGUGAAGUUUCGUUUGUAAAUCUGUCAACGGUUCUAGUUCUAAAACAAUAUCUGAGUUUUGUGAUUGUGCCUCGGAAAAUGGAACUUUUUGUUAGACUCGUUGAGAAAAAAAUUGUAUUCGUACCUUAACACGUUUUUUCCGCGAUGCAUUUUGGAAGCAAACAGGUGUGGAAAAUGGUUUUGUCAUUUUAGCAAAUGUGAAAAUUUUUGGACAAAAACGCUGUACUUUUUUACCAUGUACUUGUUAACAAUUAGUUUUUAGAGUCUACAUACAAAUACAAUCGUGCAUAUUGGCUCGUUGGUAAUGAAAAAACUGGUUUACACAGAACAUAAAACAUUUGAAAUCAUGCAAUUCGGAGCGGUUCUGAGUUGCAUGUGAAAAUAACCGCUAUAACUGCUAAGGAAACUAAGUGGCAAUAUUUGUAUUGGAAUGAAUCAAUAUUACAUACAUUAUACAGAGAAACAAAGUAAGAAUUUGCUUGUAAAAAGUAUCGAAAAAAGUUAUUGCAAUCAGCUGUGGUUAAUCAAAUUAACAGUAAAGUACUACGAGAACAAUGUUUGUUCAAUAAAUUGUAACGAAACAAUAAA